AGACUGGGCUUUUCAGGCGCAAAUUUGAUUUUGGCGGCGAAGCCGUCUCAAGGUGGUGCAGCUAGGGUAUUAGGAGGAGGCUUUUAAAGGAUGAUCUCACCGUCUCUCCUCUCGAGACGGACGUUCUCUGCAGUGAUACUCGGCCGCUGAUGAGCCCCGCACCGCGGACGCUCUCUUUCAGAUGAAAAAGGUUCACUUAUUGCUGCAUCUGGCUUCAGUCGCCGGCUUCGAUUAAACCGGCCAGAUAGGAAAGAUGAGCGAGUCAACGGAGCCCGUCCACGACGGCGUGGACGAGUUCGUAGUGGACCCCAUUCGCGUGUCUCUCCUCGCGACCAUCGACGACGAGAACACUGCCUACAAGGACCCAAACAAGACGGAUCGCUACUCCUUCUUCGAGGCCAAGACAGUUGACAUAUGGGAAACGGCCGGUCGAGGCGCGCAGAUUGUGGAUCGAAGCUACCCAGUGUCGCGGCGACUACCCCAGGAUCUGUUUGAGGCGUAUCACCCAGCGAUACCUCGCGGGAGUCGUCUUGCUCUUCGACUCUUGUGCACGCGCCCGGCGCUUGGAGGCAAUCAGACGGCCAAGCACGAUGACACGGGACCCCCGGGCGAUCGACAGAUCAAUUAUCUCCCGUUCCUGGCCGCAGAUGUGCAGGAGCUGGUCCGUCAAUGGGAUCUCAAUCGCGAAUACACCUGGAUGAGGCUAAAUGCGCGCGAAGUGGGCAAUUUUCAGCGCAAGACGGUAUGGAACUUUGACAUAGAGCCACCCAGGGCAGUUCGAAUGGGAGUGGUGAUCCAUUUUCCGUUCGUCCUCCGCCCAGCUCGACGAGCAAAAUACCUGACAAAUACAAAGGGCGGGGGCACCGCAUCCCGGCGGUCGCUGAAGUCGACGUACAACCCGCGACGCGACGACCCAUUCCUGUGGUCCUUUGCCAUGUCGCACUCCCUACGUGACGGGAAAAGUCGCUGCCUGCUCGACGGGCUCACAGACUGGGCAAUCGGGGACGUCUCGCGCCGGCUCUUGAAGGCGUCGCAGCACUGGUACCUGCACCCGCUCCACGUGCCAGUGAUCCUGCUCAACAUCUUCUUUGACCACGCGGCUUGGGAGGUCAACCGGCUGUGCGUCGAAGUUGGGCAUUUUGAGUUCCUGUCGCGCGACGCUCAAAUCGGCUCGCUCCAGCACUUCGACAUCAUCACCACCCAGCUGCAGUAUAUCCGCCGUGACCUUGAAUUCCUGCAGUCGCUGGCAAAGUUCCUGCUCGAGACCAUGGAGUUUCUCGAGCAGAAGAUUUUCCUGCGUGAGUGGGACAGCAGGGUAGGCAGAGACGACGGCACCGUGACUUCGUACAGGGCCUAUGUACACCAGACGAAUCCACAUAUGGAGGAGAAGCUGAUGAACAUUUCGCAUUUGAUCGACAACAACAUAUCGACGUGCCAGUACUUGCAAGCGAGGACAAGGGAUGCAUUAGAUUUUAUCAAGGGCAAAAUUUCGCUGCGCGACAACGAAUCGAAUCGCGAGGAUGCCGACUCCAACAAGACCAUGUCGUUCCUGCAGAUGAUCUUCCUUCCCGCUACAUUCGUGGCUGCCAUUGUGUCCAUGAACUUUUUCGACCUGACGACGUCCCCGCCCCGAGUGAGCAGCUACAUCUGGAUCUUCUGGCUUGUCAGCCUCGGGCUUACGGCCGUCGUACUGGCCAUUUAUUUCUUCUGGCGGUGGAAGGGUAAGGUCAAGGCGGCGGAGGAGCGCAAGGAGGCCAGGAGACGGGAGAAGAUGUUGGGGUGGGAGGAGGGUGGAGGUGAUCAGAGUCCCUACGACACUGGGACCGGCAGCGAUCCGGAUAGUGAUGGGGGCGAGGGUGGGAGGAAAGGGCGUAAGAGCCGGAGGAGGAGUCGGCGGACACGCGAAAGAGGAAAUAAGAAAGGGAGAAGAAGUACUAGCGAGGAGAGCGCGGAAGAUGGCAGGGCCGCAGGCACCACGACCGGGCAGAUAAAGAGGAAAGAAAAGCCCGAGUUGGUCAUGUAGUUGGCUUGUUCGUGGCUGGAUGUCGUUGCGCUCGAGUCGAUAAAUGGCCCCUCCCCCUAGGCAUUGGACUGACGGCAAGCCAGCUCACGGGCUAUACAUCUGGAGGGAGAUGGAGGAGAUGCAGGUUACCCAACGACGAGAUAGAUCGCCGUUUCUUAAUGCACUCUGUUCCAAUCCAUAUGUCCCCGCAGAAAGUGGAUGGGGAACAUGCAACGC